AACACAUUGAAUUAUGGUCUUAAACGAGUGUGGGCUGUUGGAUAUAUGAAAGGUUCAUGCCGGGUUGUAAUUGGAUAUGAUGAAGGAACUAUUAUGAUAAAAAUUGGUCAAGAAGAACCAGUUGUUAGUAUGGACAAUAGUGGCAAGAUCAUAUGGGCUAAGCAUAAUGAAAUUCAAACUGUUAACAUCAAGACUGUGGGGGCAGAUUUUGAGGUUAUAGAUGGAGAACGAUUGCCUUUGGCUGUGAAGGAGUUGGGAAGCUGUGAUCUUUACCCUCAGGUAAGUGAACUUUGCUCAAAAUAUUUCUACCGACCGUGUGGAUAUCCUAAACAGUUGUUGAAAUGGAAGUUUUUCUUCUUUAAACUCUAGCAUGGUGGAGAACAUUAAUAUUCAUGUUUCAACAAUGAAGUUGAAAAUCAUUGAGUUGUUUCAAGGCAG